CCGCAGGCUUCGAGCUGCUCCGCCCGCCGGGCCCGGGCGCUGGAAGUGCUCCGCGGGCUUCCGGUGCCCACCCUGGGGGCUCCCCGGGCGUCGCGUGCCGGGUCCGCGGCCAGUCGAGGCUCGGCGCUCGAGCUCAAGCAAGACAUGGCUGCCCAGUGUGUCACGAAGGUGGAACUAAAUGUUUCCUGUGACAACCUUUUGGAUAAAGAUGUAACAUCAAAGUCGGACCCUUUAUGUGUGCUGUUUUUGAGCACGAGUGGUCAACAGUGGUAUGAGGUUGAACGGACAGAAAGGAUUAAGAAUUCUUUGAGUCCCAAAUUUUCUAAGACAUUUAUUAUUGAUUACUACUUUGAAGUGGUUCAGAAAUUGAAAUUUGGAAUUUUUGACAUCGACAACAAAACUAUCGAGCUGAGUGAUGAUGACUUCUUAGGAGAAUGUGAAGUCACUCUUGGACAAAUUGUUUCCAGUAAGAAGUUAACUCGACCACUGGUGCUCAGAAAUGGCAGACCUGCAGGGAAAGGGAGUAUUACGAUUUCAGCAGAAGAAAUCAAGGAUAACAGAGUGGUCUUGUUUGAAAUGGAAGCCAGAAAACUGGAUAAUAAGGAUUUGUUUGGAAAGUCAGAUCCAUACUUGGAGUUUCACAAGCAGACAUCAGAUGGCCACUGGCUGAUGGUUCACCGAACAGAGGUCAUAAAAAACAACCUGAAUCCUGUGUGGAAGCCUUUUAAAAUCUCUCUUAACUCUCUGUGCUAUGGAGAUAUGGACAAAACCAUUAAGGUAGAGUGUUAUGAUUAUGACAAUGAUGGAUCACAUGAUCUUAUUGGGACAUUUCAAACCACCAUGACAAAACUCAAAGAAGCCUCCAGAAACUCACCUGUUGAAUAUGAAUGCAUAAAUGAAAAAAAGAGACAAAAGAAAAAAAGCUAUAAGAAUUCAGGUGUUAUCAGUGUAAAGCACUGUGAGAUUACUGUAGAAUGCACAUUUCUUGACUACAUCAUGGGAGGGUGCCAGCUGAACUUUACUGUGGGAGUGGACUUCACCGGCUCCAAUGGCGACCCCCGUUCUUCAGAUUCCCUGCAUUACAUCAGUCCUAAUGGUGUUAAUGAGUAUCUGACUGCCAUCUGGUCUGUGGGAUUGGUAAUUCAAGAUUAUGAUGCUGAUAAGAUGUUUCCAGCUUUUGGCUUUGGAGCUCAGGUGCCUCCUCAGUGGCAGGUGUCUCAUGAAUUUCCAAUGAACUUUAACCCAUCUAACCCCUACUGUAAUGGAAUCCAAGGCAUUAUAGAGGCUUAUCGGACCUGUCUUCCUCAGAUAAAACUCUAUGGACCAACUAAUUUUUCUCCAAUUAUAAAUCAUGUGGCCAGGUUUGCAGCUGCCGCCACACAGCAGCAGACAGCGUCUCAAUACUUUGUGCUCUUGAUCAUCACGGAUGGCGUGAUCACAGACCUUGAUGAAACCAGACAUGCUAUCGUCAAUGCUUCCAAACUGCCCAUGUCUAUCAUCAUUGUGGGAGUUGGGGGAGCUGACUUCAGUGCCAUGGAGUUUCUGGAUGGUGAUGGGGGAAGUCUCCGCUCCCCAUCAGGAGAGGUGGCCAUAAGAGAUAUUGUUCAGUUCGUGCCUUUCAGACAGUUCCAGAAUGCUCCAAAAGAAGCUCUUGCACAGUGUGUCUUGGCAGAGAUUCCCCAGCAGGUGGUGGGCUACUUCAACACAUACAAACUCCUUCCUCCCAAAAACCCAGCUGUGAAAUAGAAGGAGCCAGGACAACUCCAGGAUUCAUAAGCCUCGUGGAGCAAUGCCAUCUCUUAUGCAGAAUGAUGUAUCUUAUCUACCUUAUGUGCUUUUCACCCCCAGUGUUCCUGAGACAAACCCAACUUUUUGUACGUAUUUUAUUUGUUUAAAGCACACGUUUUAUACUUUUUGAAGAGGACAGUAGCAAAUCCAUCUCUGCUUCAUAAAUUCAGUGAUUGUUAGUGAUGUCUAGAAAUUGUAAGAGUGCUAUUUGGAAUUGAAUUUAAUGUGGGAAAAGUGGGGAUUUGUUGGUUUGUUGUCUACUUUCUAUAAUGAAAAUGCUAAUUUUAAAUGUUGUCAGAGUGAAUGAGGAAUUACAGGAUGAUGUGGUUUGCAGGUUGCUAUACUGUUUAUAGUAAAUAUCUUGCAAGCCAGAGUCUGUACUUGUGACUGAGAGAGCUCCUUAAAACAAGUAGUACUGAAUUUGUACCUGUGACUUUGUAUUUGUCCCUUCCCAUGCUGCAAUGAUGCAUUAUACAAAACUGUUUUCACAUGGGUCUUCAUGAAAAGCAGGAACUUACUCGGUUUUUAAAAUGUUCAAUCAACCAGUGGAAGGAUCCUUGCAGACAAGACAGCUUUGCCUUUUGAAAUCUCUUCUUUUCUCUGUCAACUGUUACACACAACAUGGUCAGGUUUGGCCUUUCUUUUACUGAGUAAACAAGACAUCCUUCUGUGGAAGUGCAAAUGAUAGGUCAUUCCCAGAGUCUACAUGACUAGGUCAGUGUAAGGUAACUAAGGGAUUGGGAUUGCUUUGUCCAUUAAAGCUGUGAGGACCAAACAUUUAAGAUGAAAAUUCACAAUUGUAGGCUAGGCAUGGUGGCACAUCAUACUAGCGCUUGGGAGGCAGAGGCAGGAGAAUCAUCAGAAGCCAAUCUGCCUAUGUAGUAAGUUCCAGGUCAGCCAGCUACACAGUAAGAUGUUUCAAAAUAACAAAGAAAAAUAAAUAAUUGAGAAAUCCAUUUCUUCUAUCUAAUGGCAUAAUUGGGGGAGGUCAUUUUUAUUCUUUUUUUGCUAUGGUCCUGUGCAUUGAUUUGUAUAAAUUUUUUUUUAGAUAUUUUUGCCUUUUAAAAUGGUAUUUUUGUUUUCUUUAAACAUGUAGUUCAUUAUUUAUUAAUCAAAAUUCCAUUUUUCAUUUCAAUAAUGUAUUAUUUCCUAAGUUCAGAGUGGAUUCUGUUAAGCAUAAAACCUGAUACAGCAUUUAAAAAGAAAAAGCAACUCACACAAACAAUACCCUUUUCUAAUUGCUACAUUUAGAUAGUGUGUACUUAGUAUGCAUGUUUUGAAGAAUAGAAUUAUCUCGACUCUACCCUUUGAAACAUGCUGCUUCCUGAGCACCACAUGUUUGGAAUAGAUUCUGUAACAUUUGCCUGAGACUCUCGAUGUCAAAUACUUUGCCCGUCUAUGCAGUGGCCAAUCAUCACUAACAAUUUAACAUUUAAAAUUGUGUAUUUGUCACAUAGUCUAGCCCUAGUCAGCGUUCCUGUCAGUGUAACUGAGUCCCUCUACUGCUGCCUGUGUCUUUGUUCUCUGCAGGCUUCUCAGAAAGAACUUAUUGCUGAGGUCUUGUUUGCCUAGCCCAGUGAGCAGAUGCCUCCUUCCCACCUGGGUAGCUGGCAUCUUGGUAUGUGCUAUUAACCUGAGGCAGUGUACCUCUAUAGCAGGGUUUCUUAAAUUUAUUUUUGAGUCAUUUCACUCAAGACAUUUUUAUGCAACCCCAGUUUUAUAAGCAUUUAAGAUAGGUAUAAAAUCAAACAUUGCAAGUAAAUCAAAUGAAAUUUAUUUUAGGGGGCUGGAAAGAUGGCUCAGGGUUCAGAGCAUAUAUUACUCUUGCAGAGGACCUGAGUUUGGUUCCCAGUACCUACAUCAGGCAGCUCACAGUUGGCUGUAACUUUAGCUUCAGGGGCCCUGAUGCCCUCCUCUGUCCUCCAUGAGCACUGCACACGUGCAUACACACACAGAGACACACACAGUUCCAGCUUCAGGGGCCCUGAUGCCCUCCUCUGUCCUCCAUGAGCACUGCACACAUGCAUACACACACAGAGACACACACAGAGACACACACAGUUCCAGCUUCAGGGGCCCUGAUGCCCUCCUCUGUCCUCCAUGAGCACUAUGCACAUGCGUACACACACAGAGACACACAAACAAACUUAUUUAACACAGUUUUUUUAGACUUACAAUUUUACCAUUUAUUAAAGGUGAAGGCAUAUUUGCCUAUUCAUGAGGUGGAUAUACUUUGUUUUUAAAUAAGAAUUUGAUCUCAGCUGGAUCUGUUGCAUACAUAGAGCACCUUUGAUGUGCUUCAGACUUGAUUGAUAUUUUGAUUUUACAAUUGUCAAUGCUUAGAACCCCCUUUCACAUAAAUACAUAGUACAGAAUGUCAUAAACAUGUUUAGGGGUGUUUCAGAAGUUGAAUGUUCUGUCCUUAUCCUAAGCCAAAACACAUUUAAAGAUUUUUGAACGAAGCUGAAGCUGACAAUUUUUAAAAAUCAAACUUCCUAACACAAUACAAUCUAGAGAUAUUGAUUUGACAUUUACUGGAUUCAGAAUGGCAGGAGGUAUUGAAGUCUUUGUUUUCUAAAACUAAGCACUUAUGCUUCAGAAAGCUAGUUUGUGCAGUAAAAUGGCUGUGAUUCCUAAUACACAAGUAACCCUGAGUGGAGCUGAGGUACUCAGGCAGUGUUUAUUGUUGUUAUUCAUGGCAUGGCUGCUGUGUAAUGCAAAGUGCACUGGGUGUGUCCUCAGCACCAAGGCUGCAGUGAAGUUGAGUGAUAUAAUAUGGGCGAGCCCCUCCAGAAACACCUCAGAUUCAUUAUACAGUUGCUUUUGAAUUAAUUGUUGGCCAUUGUGCAUUAGACCUUAGAAACCUUUUACUGAAGUUGGAUUUUUCAGUCAGCUACAUGACUACUUAUGGGGCCAUGGCCCACAGUUCAAGAACCUGUACAGCCUGAUUCAUUAGUAACAAUUCAGUUAUCAAUAAAGGAGACAAAUACUGAUUUUCUUUCUUUUUUUUCUUUUCUCUCUUUUGAAGCCAUUACUGUUUCACACAUCUCAGUUCUCUGUGCUUGGGAAGACGCCACAGUGGUUUUCAGGACUUUCUUUUGCAUACAGAGGGAGCUAGCACAGAAGUGGCUUACACAUUCUCGUGUGUGUGACGCAGUAGCAGAGGGGCUUCUCUGGCUCUGAAGCAGGACUUGCUGCUUGCUCAGCCCCAGAGACUCCUCAGAACUGUAGACCCUUCUUCAUGCUUUCAGUGGGCAUCUGGCAGCCAUCUUUCUGCCAUUUGGUCUGAACAGUUGUACAUUCUGGCCUACCAGAAUUGUUUGCUGUUAAAAUAGUUUUUUCUUUAAAUGACUCAUCUUGAUCAGGUUUUUAUAGAUAUGUUAUUUAUAAGACCUGUGAUUCUGGCAAACUAAAGCAAUCCAUACGUUACUUGCAGUUUGAAAUAAAAGCAUUUACAACUUCUAAAUUGUCAUUUUAUAAAACUCGUAGUUUCAGCCCUCAACUUCAUUCCAUGCCAUUUUAUAUUGAAAUAUUUAUUUUCCUUAUUGUGCCAUUAUUUGAACAAAUGCCAUUCUUUCAUAAAAUACAUCUAAAAUGAAAAUCACCACAUUGAUUUUCAUUUCUCUGUAACCACAUAUGUACAUGCAUAUAUUCAGGAAUAGUAUUCCCACUGGUCUAGUCACCUUGUCUUCUGUUUACAAUUGAUUUUUUUAAAAAGGCCCUUAAAAUUUUAAGUCUUUUGAGGGAUUUACAAGUGUUCACUUUAGACAAUGCUUGGUCAGCUUUUCCAAAAUAAAUUCAGGGCCUCAUUGCUGCUUGUGCUGCAUUUUGACAUGCUUUCCUCCUUUCAUACAUUUCCUAGAAAGCCAUCUUCAAGAAUACUCUCUAGUCUAUUUUUCAUGAAGGUGAUGUAAGGUAAGUUAGCAGCUGGGUGAAAAUUGUGAGCAGUUGUGUUGCUGUGGAUGUCACAGUAUGUGCAUAACUUACCAAUAUAUGAAUUCAUGUCAAAUAUAUCUUCUGUGUGAAUUCCCUUUGGAUAAAGUUACUGCUUGAUGUAA